UGACGUAUGUUUUAACUCGAAUACGGUUGGCUGACGGACUUCCGCAUGUUGUCGCGCAGUGAAAAGCAUGGCAGCGGAGUUGUGGAACAGAGUAAACAUUCCCUUUCCCAGCGCUGUUUCCAGUGUCCGUGUACACUUCAGACAAAUUACAGAUGUAAGUGUUAAAACCCUGCUGGUGGAAAACGAGAGGGUGCUGAGGCUGCUCCGGAGUGAGAUCCUUCAGACGGAGGUACGAGUCCUGUACGAGCUGCUGUACAUCCUCAACAACAGCUUCAGAGGCAACAAGACCUACAAGGGCUUACAGCAGGUUGAACAAUGUAUGAACAGGCUGAAGAGCAUGAAGCUUGACGUUGCUCUUCAGGAGCUGACAGAUCUGUGUCCCAAUAGAAUUCAAAGAGGACUGAGCAUCAAGGCUGGUGAGGGUGAUGUUCCCAGUCAGCCCUUCCUCGAGUGGAUCAGUCUCAAAGUGCUGGGAGGCGCCCAGCUGAUGAGCUGCACAUUGGGUCGCUGCAGCAGAGCUUUCAUACUCUCAAAGCAGCAGAUGAAAUGCGACGAGUUUAUAAUCUUGAAUGUGGUGAUUACCAGCAUGCUCAGUCGUCUCUGGGUGAUUUGCCGUGGCAUCCUGGUCAGCCUUUCCGCUAUGUAUCAGAAGCUCCUGAAGUUGCUCAGAGAGGUUGCCGACGCUCAGCCCAUGCCCUUCCUCAAAGACAUCUCUCUGCCAGCAGACAUGACACAGUUCCUCGGUCCCUCAGAUGCAUCUUUACUGACCAAAAAGUCAGCACACAUUCCUCAUGCCAAAGAGCACAAGGAGAAGAGGAGGAAGAAAUCAUCUGUUGAAGUCAAGAACCAGGCACAGACGAAGAAGGUGAAAGAGGACCUGGGUGUAGCUAUUGAAAGAGGUAUAGAUUUUGACACUGACACUGACCUGAAGCCUUUUCUAAUGGCUUUCAAGAACUUUACAAAGGACAAAUGCGUUCAACGAUGGAAGAAAAACAGUGACAAGAUGCAAAAGUUCCAGAAACAAAUGAGAGAGGCGACUUCUUUCACAGACAUGGAUACCCAUUUAGAGGAAAUGAUCGUAUGGUGCAAAUCUAAGAAGAUGAAAAAGGAAAAAAGUCUCUUGACCUUCCUGCGUUUAAAGUGCCAGAGGAUGAAAUGCUUAGAGGGAGAGGGUUACAAUGUCCAGAGGAAAUUGCAGACCUUCAGAGAGGAAACUCGCUGGGCUUCAUCUCCUCAAGGAUCAGUGCCGAGAAGCUGUCGGUCUUCGGCUGCGACGAGGAGGAACGCUCACCUGAGAACUCGUUUUCAUUCGCUCAGGAGCAGAUUCAGGUCUUCAGCGGUGAGAGCCGGGGUCAAAAAGAAACAGCGGAGGAGACAAAGAGAGAAGGCUGAGCCCUCUGUGUCCGGACUGUCAGCGGACGACCAAAGAAACAGGACAACACACAAGCCGACGUCUCGGACUGUUGACGGUGAUGACAUAGAUGAUAUAUUUGCAUCUGUGGGGUUGUGACACUAUGGAAUUGGACACAUCCAAGGACACAAAUUAUUGUCUGCUGACACAUUUGUCUUCGUCUUGACAGUUGGAUGGUAUUUAAUGUGUAACUUCAAUGUGUAAACUGAUGAUUGGAUUAUGGAAGCAACAGCUGAUUUUGCAGUAUGCUACUAUAUUAACUAUAUAACGAGCUGAGAAGCCUUGUUUCACUGACCUCUGCUGGUUUAAAGUUUAGAACUUUAAAGAUGACAAUGCUUCUACAGUGUAAUUUUUUUUUCCGUUUUAUUGGAUAGAUCAGUACAGAGGCAGACGGUGAACAGUGAGAGAAAAAGAUAUUCUUUAAUGAAUGAGAAAAAGAUAUUCUUUAAUGAUUUGCCCUACAGAGAGGGCAAAUUAUUAAAGAAUGAAAAUUCAGUCACUGUAUACUCACCCCUGUAAGGAUUUAAAGAUGGGUGAAGCUUUGUAUUCCACUAAGCAUUUCUUGAGCUUCACAGCAAAACAUGACUACGAACACCUGAAGUGGAUGGAGACUUAAAAAUGUAAAAUAAAAUAAAAAAUAAAAUAAAAUAAUAAAAUGGCAUAAUCCAAGUCUCAGGAAGCCCACAGAUCCCAAACUGAUUUGAUAAGAUGUAAUCUAUCUUUUAUAGCUAAAAUACGUAUCUACUGAGCUCAAAGCACUGGCACACAUCCUGUCUGAGUUGAGUGAACAAGCUUUACCAGUGCAUCAAGGGUUUAAAUAACUGCUUUCCUAGUCAGUUCUGGCUGGGCUUCCUGAGAUUUUGAUCUUAUCACAUCUUAUCAAAUCAGUUUGGGAUCUAGACUUGGAUUAUGCCAUUUUGUGUUUUGUUGCAAUGCUGUUUUGCUGUGAGGCUUCGCCUGACUUUUCAUCCGAGUAAAGUAGAUAAUUGAAUUAACUGAAUUUUAAUCUUUGGGUGAACUUAUCCUUUAAUAUUUUAGAAAUGUGGCAAAAUAAGCACAUCUUUCCAGGCGCUGUUAACUUUGACACAAGCGCUCUGAACUUUGGGACAUAUAGAGUACAUGUGCAAAUGAUCCAAAGAGUGACUGUUUGUAGGAAUAUGACACACUGAAUAAUUAUUUAAACUAUUUUACUGAUGUGUCAAAUGAGGGAUGAAUUACUUCAUUAUGGAAUUAGAUGAGCUUUUACCGUCCCUGCACAGUUAAGCCAGAGUUUUCUGCUUCUAAACAACAAAUGAGGCUUGCAACUAAAUAAAAUCAGUUUGGUGAACCAUGACA